CAGGUGAGUGUCAUAGGCUUACUUCAAAAUGUACAGCUCAGUAGACAGAUAGCGAUACAUAUAAUCAGAUAUGGUUCUGAGUGCAAUGAUUCUGGUGCAUCAUGAUUGUACAACCAAAUACACUGAUUUAGGUAGCUAAUUACAGCAGUAGUUUAGUGACGGACCAUUUUUCGAUUUUUCUGAGGUGAUUCAGUUGGCAGUUAGCUAAGAGCUAGCUGCGCGCCUACUACUACCCUUGCCAGUUGGCAAGGAACAGAGACACUUCCCGUGAAGUCCAAUCAGACUUAACCAUGGAAGCUGUCAGUGGCCUCUCAGCCCCCACUCCUUUGGCAGCCCCUCCCCCUGACAUUUUGCAGUCAGAGCCUUGGACGGGAUACAUAUAUGAUCGGUCUUUGUCUGAGGAGUAUUCGUUGACAGUAGACCUGCCGGUCCGAGACUCCUCCUUCGAGUGUUCGCUCUGUCUCAAAAUGUUUGGGACAGCGAACUCACUCAGCAAACACCUUCUGACGCACCAACAAGAAAGACCUCAUGUGUGCUCCAUCUGCCAGCGAGCUUUUAAACGUCACGACCACCUCAGUGGCCACAUGCUGACUCAUCAGAAACGCAAGCAGUUUCCGUGUGCAGAGCCUGGAUGUCGGAAGAGCUACUACGACUCUCAUUCCCUGAAGCGCCACUAUAUGUCUCAGCAUAUCUCCCCCUUUGUCGCUCCCAUUAGCCAGUGUGUCCCUCCUCCAACCCACUCUGCCAAGACCCAGUGGGAGCCUGUGGAAAGACCUGCUGGAUUAUUUGAAGGCUCAGCAGACACAUCUAAUUACCACUCACUGUUCCUCUCUCCACCAUAUGCUAGAUCAGACAAACUACAGCAUUGUUCUGACUAUUCUGCCUAUGCCAGCUACAAUAGCAACAAAAGUUUAGCUCCCCAGGAUGGCUCGCUGGUGAACAGCUGCCUAGAGCCCAACCUCUCUCAGCCUAAGUCUGUGUUAGUUCUGGCACCAUGGAGGCAGGGAUCUGAUAAAGGUCCUUGUAAUGACUGUACAGGGGAACUACAUCCAUCUCAGUGGAACCCUGAACCCCAGGUCCAGGAGAAAGCCCAGGUCCAGGUCCACAUCGGCAGCAUGACAGGACUGGAAGGCCCAGGCACUCAAAGCUGGGAUAGUAGAAUCGACAUCCCUGUCUCUGACCUCCAAGCGAUGGAGGAAAUGAUGUCACAUGACCCGUGCAGUGGGGCAGCCAAUGCCGGAAUAGACAGCACAGGGAUGCCCUAUGCAGCAACAGACAUACCCCCUCAGUCCAAACAACUCAACGUAGUAAAACAGACAUAUAGCCAGGUGUGCUCUGAAGGUAAACCUCAGGAUAAACCUCAGCUUUAUUCUUUUGAAAACACAAAGUCCUCUGCAUGCUCCAUUUCUAUCAUACCCUCCAAGCCCGUCGUCCGCGCCGCUCACAGCUUCUCCCAGUCAGCCCUCCCAAACCAGCCCACGCCCGGUGGGCCACCUCCGCCCAGCCUUCCUCCUGUCCUCUACAGCAUGGUGAAAUCAAAGGCGUGUCAAGACAGGGUAGAAAUGAAGAAGAGGAGCGAGAGGCGCAAGAAGUUACCGACGGCACAUGUCCUUGCUCCGCCUCUCCCCCCCGCCGCCUCCUCCCUCCUAGCUCCUCGGAGGCCCCGCCCCCGCCCGCUCCACCUGGUCUCCCCUAGCCAGGUGGCCAUGGCCUCCUUCUCAGACAGCUCAGCCUGCCAGCACGUCAAGGAUGAUUCCAAACUUCCCACAUGCAAACAAGGCUUCAGGAGGACGAAGUGGAUCGUCAGUCAAAAUAGAACCGCACUCUCCUGAGAGUGAAGAUUCAGGCCCACAGGGGGAGAGUUCUCCCGCUAAAUACAUGGCUCUGUCUCCACUGCUCAUUCCAGUCUCAGUCCCUGUCACGACAGAUCCUAACUUGGCAUACAAGGAGCGAGAGGACAGCACUCAUACUCCAGACGCUCAGGGCUGCCCCAGGAGGGUGCGGGGGAACCGCCGCCUGGACUUCAUGAAGAGCCUCAUCAUCCCUCCUCCCGCCCCGCGCCGACCCCCGGCCGAGGAGGCGAUGGGGGGCGCGUGGGGCCGCGGCGCGGGCGGCUACACUAGCCGGUUACGCUCCCCGAUGUACCUUGUGGAGCACCUGCUGAACCCCAGCUCUCAGCCCCCGCCCUACACCCCCCCGCCCAUGCUGAGCCCGCUCCGUCCUGGGACAGGCCUGUACUUCAGCACCCUGCCUCCCCUUCACCCCUGCCCUCCACCCAGCACCUACACAGCCACACUGGAUGGAGUUGAUGGGAUCUCCUUGGAGAUGGACGACACAGUUGUCAGCAUAAAACCGAGGAUCAACGUGGGCCAGCGCUUCCAGGCAGAGGUCCCUCCCACACGCAACGUGCUCCUGAUGCUGUACGAUGAGCACCUUGCCCAGCUGGUGUGGGCUCCAUGGGGAGACACAUCCACCAACACAGACACACAGAAGAGGGUGGAAGAACUGCUGGAUCUGUGCUGUUCCAGCGUGCUACCAGGAGGGGGCACUAACACAGAGCUGGCUCUCCACUGUUUGCAUGAGGUGCAGGGAGACAUUCUGGCUGCAUUGGACUUGCUCUUGAUGAGAGGAGACUACCGUUCUUCAACUCACCCCUUGAGUGACUAUCAUUACGCAGGGUCCGAUCAUUGGACCCCUCUGGAGAAGAGACUAUUCUGUAAAGCUCUGCUCACACAUGAGAAAGACUUCCAGCUGAUUCACAGUGAGUUGCAGACCAAGUCUGUGUCCCAGUGCGUAGAGUACUACUACGGCAUGAAGAAGAUCAAGAAGUUCAAGCCACGAUCAAGCAACCGAGGAUCCGACAAGAAGGAAGGAGCUGACACUGAGUCGUCUCCAGAGCACAGCGAGGACCAUCCACUUGGACGACGGGGGUCCAGAAGGAGGCUACUGAGACCGGACUACAGGGCCAUGGGCCUGCUGGAGGAGAACCCGGCCUCUGCAGGUGCUUUGGAGUACACCUGUCGGGAGUGUGGGCGGGUCUUUGACCGGGUGAAGAGCCGCAGCGCUCACAUGAAGAGCCACAGGAAGUCGGAGAGGCAGUGGCUGUCCAGGUCCAGCUGGUCCACAGGCAUCCCUGCAGACGAGCCGCCUCAGGAGCCCCUGCCUAGCCCCCACACCACGCCUACACUCUACUCCUCCAGAGGGAUCCUUUACACAUAGUUCAUCUGACACCUCAGUCCGUGUUUUCUACUGACAAGUCAACUUUCACACGUGGCAGAGUUGUGUUGUAUUUGCCAGUAUUUUGUCAGUAUUUUGUAAGAGGCUUUUAAUUUAUUUUAGGGAGUAUUCUUUGAAAAUUAUGUUGAAACAAUCAAAUGAAAAAGAGGGGGAGAUUAUUCAAGUUAGAGCACGCUGCAAAGAUGUAAUGUUGCAUUCCAGCUGUUGGACGGGUUAAGGUGGUCCAUGUUGUUGAUUUAUUCUCUAAACCAUAUUGUUUGUUACAACAAUAGCAAGAAGAACUUGCCCAAUCCAAUCAAUAUUUUAGUACAGGGAAGAGAGAUGUUUUAUUUUUAGGCAGUUUACUGUUUAUAAUUCAACAGCACAUAAAUUCAAAUUUAAUGCUAAUAUUGUUACUGUCCUCUUACACCUGAGAGAAUGAGGAUAGUAUGACUUCAACAGCCUCACAAAUUAAGUGGCCUGCCAGAGUUUACUUUUAUCCAGUUAAGGAACACUUGUCUUUACUCUCUGAACUCUGUUCUGUCAUUGCGAGUGUUGAUACGUUUAUUGUUUUAUAAUAAAUAACUUCAUGCCU